CUGAACAUGCAGUUUUAAUGCCGGUAAGAUUAUAUAAUCUAAGCUGCCAUUUAAUUAGGCAAGCCGUGACCAUCUGAGAGCGAAAAAUUCAAACUGUCUUACGCAUUUCAUUCAUAAGGAUAUUCGUACAUUCCGAGCAUUUAGAAAUAGAGAACAAGGUUUUCUGGAUGUACUGAAUAUUUGAAAAUUUUCAUGUCCACUAUACCAGACCUGUUCGAAGAAAGGUCGUAAUGAACAACAAAAGGGUGGGUAGAAAUGAGGAAAAUUACCAUAGGGACUCUGUGUAGUUGGUCCCUCGGAAUCAAGGCAAAGUACAUAUACAAGUGAGCGAAAACAUCUGCAUAAAGUGCGGUUAAAACAUCUGCACAUCAUUCGCAGUAGAGGGAGUAGUAGAACCCGGUUUAUUGCUGAACACAGGUGGCUCACAGGAUAAAAGACAGCGAGCCACUGCAAAUCAAGAGUAUUUGUGUUUGUCAGAUGUAGUUCUGGAGACUCGAAAUUCCUUCAAAAAAGAAUUUGUGCCAGCAGUUGAAAUUCGUGCCAGCAGUUGAAAUUUGUGCCAGCAGUUGAAAUUUGUGCCAGCAGUUGAAAUUUGUGCCAGCAGUUGAAUUUGUGCCAGCAGUUGAAAUUUUUGCUUUGGGUGUCAUCCGUCAAGGUAAUUACACAAAUUGGAACGAUCAAUGUUGCAAGGUGCGAUCGAAUCGAUUGGAUAAAGAAAGCUGAAAAACGUACAUUGCUAAGAAAAUCUCAUCGAAAUGCCUUUAUCUUCCUAUUAACAAGGAAUAUCACACUAAGGCUUCUUUAAUUGGAAAAAGGUUCUUUCGGAGAGACAUUGAAUUUAAUUGGAACAAGGCUUGAAAUGGCGUUGAUGUCAUCUAGUGUGGGAACGAAUAAUUCGGCAUUCCAAAGAACAGUUGCUCCGAACAGUUCUUUUGCAAAAUUCACAGGUAUGGCGGGUCUGAAUUACCUGCACGAUGAGCUAAUGCUGGUCGAUACCAUUUCUAAAUACAUUGCGUUGAUCUCGAUAAUACUAAGCAUUUCUGGUAACAUCAUGGUUAUCAUCUGCCACAUAAAGUUACAGAUACACUACUCGUAUAAAUGCUUGAUAGUCAAUCUGGCCAUAAGUGAUUUGCUGUAUUCAGUGAUGCAAAUAUUUCGGGUUCACAGUAGAUUCCGCUCCAGCGAGUGGCACUUUGGGAGAUUUCUAUGCAAGAUGAUGUUACUGUCACCGAGCUCACUCACUUGUUCCAUGUUUACCAUGUGUUUUAUGGCUGUAGAUCGUUUUAUAACGAUUGUAUACCCAUUUAGACCCCGUUUGAAGAUAAGAAAGACAAUUAUUGUCACCACUUUGUUGUGGAUUUUUGCUAUCAGCAUACAUGCUCCCUUUGCAACGAAACGAGACAUAGUGCUGCGCAAAGGCAAGACAAUGUGCUUAUACACAUGGAACUUCGGAGACGACGACAAGAAGCUCUACCAUCUUGUCAGCUUCAGCGUAACAUACCCCAUACCGAUACUGAUUAUUCUGAUAUCGUCAAUUAACAUCGUUUACACAGCUUUAAAAGGGGUACCGAAAACGGCUGGGAAAAUGCAUUCAGGAGGAGGUAAAAGUGUGAACCCAUUCAAAAAGUACAGAAAACUUUUUCUGACGUUCAUAGGCAUUUUCCUCGUAUUCAUAAUCACAACAACACCGAACCAAGCUUUGAUUCUGUGGUUGAAUUUCCCAUCGAAAACAAAAACUUCUUUUCGCUCUGCACGCUAUACAUUCUUCAUCCUUUACAUGUUUGCUCCGCUGGUUCACGUGCAUGCUUGGAUGAACCCUCUCAUAUACAGUUUCUCGGAUGAAAAGUUCAGAUCGGCAUUGGUUCAGAUUGUAUCCUGGUUAUGGCGCAGAACUGAACAUGACAAAUCUGGAGUUGGACUUCUAAACAAAAGUCCUUACCAGAAGCACACCACAAACCAACAGUCGAAUCGGCGAAACACGGAUACCAAAACAACAGCAAAGACAUAAGCCUUAGCCUAGUUACAAAGUCUAGUAUUGAAUAUUUCACAUAACAAAGUCGAGAAACGUGCAAUCUUGUUCUGUGUUGUUCAGUACGGCGAGCAUUUUAAUAUUACUGAAUAUUCAGAAUUAUAAGAGCGAACACUGUUGGGCUUUGCGCUAGGAAACGUUUAGCCUUGGCAGUUAUUUUACUUUUAAGCUCAAACCGAACAAGAUCAAACAGUACCAGGGGAAAUAAGUCAUCAUUAAAACCUUGCAAAAAAAUUGAAUGAAUUAGUCAUAGAAUUAACAAAGUAACUUGUAAUUAGCUUUGACUUUAUUACACUGAACAACGUUAAUAUCGAUGCCACCUACCUAUUGCUGAAUGCUCAAACGGUUUAUUUUUUAUAUCAGAGAUAUCGACUUGUUGGGUGACAGGAGUUGGGUGAAAACCUCACUACUUUCUGCCCGGUUUUUAUCUGAAUAACAUGGAAUUCCACUAAAGGGCAUUUUCAGCAAUUUAUCACUUUUUCUCAGCUACCGUUUCCAAACGAUUAGACUCGACAAGUCUCAAGAUUGGUCAUUCAAGGUCAUUCAACCACAUAACCUGAAAUAUCGGCAUAAAAUACAUCCCAUUUUGCAAAAUCAGCUAGAUUUGUUCAAAAUUGGGCGAGAUAUGCCCAACAUGGCAGAAAAGGAGUUCAAGUUCGUCAUCGGAUUACUGUUAUUCAAGCCUGGUUCAUCGAAGUUCAAUGGGAAAAUGCCCUUUGCUUAUGCAGCCAUAUCUCAACCAA